UCUGCUGCCAAGGGAAGUUAAACGAGAAAGUACACGAAACCAUGGUGAGUGAAGGAGGGAUGGUUGAACCGAUAGAAGCUGCAGCAGAGAAGGGGGAGACGAAACCUCGGCAUAUGCUAGAGCGAAAGUGGACGUUUUGGUUUGAUAACCAGUCGAAACCUAAGCAAGGUGCUGCUUGGGGAACCUCUCUUCGCAAACUCUACACCUUUGACACAGUCGAAGAGUUCUGGUGUUUGUACGAUCAGAUAUUUCGACCCAGUAAGUUGCCGGCCAAUGCCGAUUUUCACUUGUUCAAAGCUGGGAUUGAACCCAAAUGGGAAGACCCUGAAUGUGCUAAUGGAGGCAAGUGGACUGUAAUCAGCAGCAGAAAGGCCAACCUCGAUGCCAUGUGGCUUGAAACUUUGAUGGCUCUUAUUGGCGAGCAAUUUGAGGAAAAUGAUGAGAUCUGUGGUGUGGUUGCAAGUGUGCGCCAGAGGCAGGACAAGCUUGCAUUAUGGACUAAAACAGCUUCCAAUGAAGCUGCUCAGAUGGGCAUUGGGAGGAAGUGGAAGGAGAUCAUUGAUGUUACUGAUAAGAUACCAUACAGCUUCCAUGAUGAUUCAAGGAGUCAAAAAUCAUCUAGAGGACGAUACAAUGUGUGAGCAAUCCUGUUCUGCGUAACAUCUUUUUCUUUUUGUGCCUCUGAGAUGUAAACUGUGAUGAUAAUUUUAUUAUCAUUUUUCUUGUUGAUCUAUUGAACA